CAAGUCGUAUGGGGAACUUAAACUAGUAAUAAGUAAAAGGAAGAGUAGAAAAGGAAGGAAGGAAGGAAGAGGCGUAAGAUGAUGAUGGUACGAAUAACACUCAGAACGGUCGGUCCUUCUCCUCCGUCUUCCCUCGAUGUCCAUUCUCCGAUCAAAGUGCGUGACUUGAGAAAUUUGAUAGCUGGAAAUGGUGGUUUGGCUCUGGAAAAUUUAAAGCUUGUUUUGCAAGGAAACGUGUUACAUGACAGCAAAUACGGCGAUGAUGUAUCUGUUCAUUUCAACAAUGGAGAUACUGUUAUUGUAGCUGUUAAACCAAAACCUCCUGCUAAGCACAUUCAAAACGGAUUUGACGAUGAUGAGGAACUGAAGUUCCAGGUCCCAGAAUUAAACAGUAGAUGGAAGAGGCGGCUUUUUGUUAUCUUACAUGAUAAGCUGAAGAUACCCGAUAUGCUUCUGAUGGCAAUCUUCUCUCUGAGCCUAAAGGCAUGGGCUGUAUUUAUCAUGUGGUUUAUGUUGGCACCUAUUGCACACAAAUGGGAUGUAGGACCUUUAUAUAUACUCGGAACUGGUUUUGCCAUCAUCUUUGUGAACCUUGGAAAGCGUGAGCAAGGUGAUAUGAGCGCUUAUUCCAUCUUCAAUGAAGAUUUUAGAGAACUCCCUGGGACUUUCAAUGCGGAGCGAGUCGAUAGAGAUAUCCGAGCAGGUCAAUUUUGAUUUGUUGACUAAAAAGCUAUAACUUGUAUAUUUUUUUCUUUCUACCAUAACUGAUGUACAAAAAACGGGCUGAGCCGUUCGCGAGACUGGCUUGUGAAAAGUCAUUUAUUUAAUAAACGCGCUCUUGCCCAAGCUUUUAUAUAUGGAGCUUGAUUAGGCUUGCGUGCGUAACUGAGCAUGUUGUUUUAGCAAACGAGAUGAGCUAUCUUAAGUUAAUCGAGCCGAGCUCGGGCUUGGCUCUACUUGUUUACAUA